CGGGGCCGAAGCCGGCAUCAACGGGUGCACGUUGCUGUUCCAGGGAGUCGGCUCGGCAGGCGGCGGCGAUAUUGAGAUUGGGCUAGGGCAAGAACCAGCGAAAAGCAAAGCCGGAAAAGGCAACGGGGCGUUGGUGCGCUGACCACCUGUUUCUCCAGCGGAGUGCGACGCGCGCUGAUUGGCUGGAGUGCCGCCCGGGUACCGGAAGUGGCCGAUGCCUGUCGCCAGUGACACCGGGACAACAGCUGUGGGCUCUGUGCGAGUGGCCCAGCAGCACGGAGCCUGAGAGGAGUGGCCGGGCGGGGGGGGUAGGGGCCUGGGAUUGUGAUAUGGGGACUGAGAACAAGGAGGUGAUUCCCAAGGAAGAAAUUUCUGAAGAAUCUGAGCCACAUGGGUCAAUAUUAGAAAAAUUUCCAAGAGUGGUUUACCAAGGUCAUGAGUUUGGAGCAGGAUAUGAAGAAGACAUGUCGGAGAGACAUUCGAGAGAGUCCAUGGAAGAGAUUAUGGAGCAGAUGUCUCCUCAGGAGAGAGACUUUACAUCAGGGUUGAUGAUUUUUAAAAAAUCACCCUCAAGUGAGAAAGACCGGGAGAAUAAUGAGGGUAAGACAGGCUGCAGUCCCAGCCCAAAUCUGGUGACACAUCAGGGAGAUACUAUAACAGAGGGAGUGAGUGCAUUUGCUACCUCUGGCCAAAACUUCAUAGAGAUUUUAGAACCUAACAAAACACAGAGAAAUUCUGUGGGAGAAAAGCCUCAUACAUGUAAAGAAUGUGGGAAAGCCUUUAACCAGAACUCACAUCUCAUCCAGCAUAUGAGAGUUCACAGUGGAGAAAAACCUUUUGAAUGCAAAGAAUGCGGAAAGACAUUUGGAACUAAUUCAAGCCUUCGACGGCACCUGAGAAUUCAUGCUGGAGAAAAACCCUUUGCUUGUAAUGAAUGUGGAAAGGCAUUUAUUCAGAGUUCACAUCUUAUCCACCAUCAUAGAAUUCAUACUGGAGAGAGGCCCUAUAAAUGUGAAGAAUGUGGUAAAGCCUUCAGUCAAAAUUCAGCCCUUAUUCUACACCAGAGAAUCCAUACUGGAGAGAAACCAUAUGAAUGUAAUGAAUGUGGGAAGACCUUUAGGGUUAGUUCACAGCUUAUUCAGCAUCAGAGAAUUCAUACCGAAGAAAGAUACCAUGAAUGCAAUGAGUGUGGCAAAGCCUUCAAGCAUAGCUCAGGCCUUAUUAGACACCAGAAAAUUCAUACUGGAGAAAAACCAUAUCUGUGUAAUGAGUGUGGGAAAGGCUUUGGUCAGAGUUCUGAGCUUAUCCGGCAUCAGAGAAUUCAUACAGGGGACAAACCCUAUGAAUGUAAUGAAUGUGGGAAAACUUUUGGCCAGAAUUCAGAGAUUGUUAGACAUAUUAGAAUUCAUACUGGUGAGAAGCCCUAUGUAUGUAAGGAAUGUGGGAAGGCCUUCAGGGGGAACUCAGAGCUUCUUAGACAUGAGAGAAUUCACACUGGAGAGAAGCCCUAUGAAUGCUUUGAGUGUGGAAAGGCUUUCAGGCGGACCUCUCACCUUAUUGUCCACCAGAGAAUUCAUACUGGAGAGAAACCCCAUCAAUGUAAUGAAUGUGCAAGAACUUUUUGGGAUAAUUCUGAGCUGCUUCUCCACCAGAAAAUUCAUAUUGGAGAGAAACCUUAUGAAUGUAGUGAGUGUGAGAAAACAUUUAGCCAGCAUUCCCAACUUAUCAUACAUCAGAGAAUUCACACUGGAGAGAAGCCUUAUGAGUGCCAAGAGUGUCAGAAAACUUUUAGUCGGAGCUCUCACCUCCUCCGACAUCAAAGCGUUCACUGUAUGGAGUAAUCUGCAAAAUAGGAAAGCUUUUGGUGGAAAAACUAAAGUCCUACUUAUUCAUUUGUUCAUAAUAUGCACCCCACAUAUUCAAAUCAAAUGAAUGGACAGAAUCUCCUCUGUCCUUUCACUGAUUAUUUAAACGGUUGAAGAAGAUGAGGUAAUUUUUUUUUUUUUUUUAAGACGGGGUCUUGCUCUGUUACGCAGGCUGAAAUGCAGUGGCGCAGUCAUAACUCACUGCUUCCUUGAACUCCUGGGCUCAAGGAGUCCUCCUGCCUCAGCCUUCCAAGUAGCUAGGACUGCAGGCACUAGUGAGGCACUUUUAUGAAUUAGUCAUUCAGAAGUUUCAAUGUACUGAGUUAAAUUAUAAAAGCUAUUUCAGGCCUUAAUUUCCCCUCUGUCCUUCCCUUCCCUUCCUUUCUCCUCCCCCAGUGGAUCACAUAACAUUAAGGGUCAGUACCAGCCAUCCUAAAUUACUCUUCAGCAAAAUUGUGAGAACAGGAUUCUACCACCUCCUAAGAAUGACAGAGUAGACUCAUUGAAUGUUACCCCCUGAAAUACUAGAAAGUCAUAACUUAUAAGACACACCUUAUUCUCCUGUCUACUGUUUAGCAUUGGAAUAAUUUAGUAAGCUUUUAUUAGUUUCCAAAUCUUUAAGCCCUGCUGUCAAGUUAGAAGAUGGCAGCAUUAAUGACAAGAAGCAGGAAGUUUGGGGUCAUUUCACAUCUGUUAGGCUUCCUUAUUCAUCUGAAGAGGCUGCCAUGAUGGAGGAACUGACAGGCAAUUUACAACAGGAUUGUAAGUGAAGGCCUUAGCAUCCAGAGGGGCUGAUUAGGCAACACCAGGGGAUAAACAAUUGAAGUCUGACUACUCAGCAUGGGCAGAAGCAGCUCUUCAGGAGCUGUCCAAACUUCAGGGGUGCUCAGACUGACUGCUCCCAAGAAUUCUGCUGCAUUCAUUGUUGGCUCCAGCCCCUACUGCUGCUGACAGAUACUGUGACAGGAAGUAGCAGAGAGGACUGUGGCUUCACCUCCACAAGGCACCUGGCUACAGUGAUGAGCCAGUUCAUCUGAUAACAAACCAGGGUCUGGCCUUGCCAAAGCACUUGAGUUCUCAUGACCUGGACCCCACUGGAGGCACUGGCUAAGUUGGGAUGUGGUAGCCUCUUCUUGGUUUUGCCCCUUGGCCUUGAAAUUCUUUUUUCUAAAAUAACUUUUAAAAAAUAGAGCUAAGGUCUUGCUGUGUUGCCCAGGCUGGUCUUGAACUCCUGGGCUCCAGCAAUCUUUUUGCUUCAGCUUCUCAAAGUAUUGGGAUUGCAGGUGUGAGCUACCAUGCCUGGCUUUAAAAUUCCUCCUUCACCAUCUCUGCUUGUUUUUCGUGUUCUCCUAUAUCUUAUUUCUUUUUUAAGGAAAACACAGCUUCCAUUUUUCAUGAGUCUAUGUUUCUGAGGCAGUGGUGUUAGCGGGAAUUGCACUAAUAAUGGGGAUCCCACAGGCCUGGGAUCUGGUCUUAGUGCUGCUAGACCUUGAAUAAGGCACUUCACCUGCUGGUCUCCAAUUUUCUCAUCUGUAAAAUGGAGGAGUUGAACUAAAUGAUCCCUGAAGUUUCAGCCAGCCCAGUAAUUCCUUAAAUCUUUAAAAAUUUAACUUUAUAUCUCUUCAUGGUUCUUUGAUCUUGUCUUUGUUACACUAAUAUUAGUCACUAAUAUUUACUGAGUGUUUACUACAUGACAGGCACAGUGCCAGUUUAUAUUUUAAUUUUCACAUCAUUUCUAUGAUGUGGGUACUCAUUUUUUAAAAGCUUUAUAAAAGUAGAAUUUACAUACCAUAAAAUUCAGCUGUUUUAAGUGUUCAGUUGAAUGAUUUUUAAUUUACAUAGUUACACAACCAUCAAUGAUGUGGGUGUUCUUACCCCAAUUUAAAAGAUAAGGAGGGGCAGAAGGGUUGAUGCUAAGUGAUUUACCCAUGAUUACACAGCUAUUAAGUGCUAGAGCCAAGACUCCAAUCCUGGUUGAUGCUCUUAACUACUGUGCUGUGCUGCAGAUAGGCAGAUUCAUCGCUGCCUUAUUUGAAAUCCUUUGCUCAUUUUCUAUUACUAAUUUCUACAUAGAUUUGAAUAUAGUGAAUUUAAAUAAUGUCCUUGGUAACAGAACUGACCACAGCCAAAAAAAAAAGAAAAAGAAAAAUCCACCAAAUGGUUUAUUCUGUA